CCCCUUCGCCCGCAGCCUUGACCCCGCCUGCCCAGCCAUGGCAGCCUCGCUGAUCCGCCCCUGCUUCAUCUCCCUCCACGUGCCCUACAGGCAGGUCUGGGCCCAGGACUUGGCCAACACCUUUCGCUUCCAGCCGGUGGCCGUGCGGGAGACGCGGCGGGCGCGGCAGCUGGCCCUGCGACGCGGCUCCGCCGUCUUCCUGGUCAAUGAGCACCUGGCACCGGGAGCCACCAGCACCUCCUCCUGCGAUUUCCUCUAUGACGUGGACCCCCGGCCCACCUUGGGCACAGCCUCCAACAUCUGCUUCGAGGUAGAUGACGUGCCAGGGGUCUGCAAGCGGCUGCAGAGCCAGGGGUGCUCCCUGCCAGUGCCUCCCACGGAGGUGAGGGAUGAUGGUGGCUCUGUCACCUACGGCGUGGUGAGUUCCAUUGUGGGCAACGUCAGCCAUACCCUUCUGGACCGAUCCCGAUACUCGGGACCCUUCCUGCCUGGCUUCCAACCCAUCCAAGGAGCCCCCUCAGCUGCAGGAGAUGGGAUUGAGAUCAACCACUUUGACCAUAUCACGUAUGUCUGCCGGCGGGGCAGUGCCCGGGCAGCUCUGGACUGGUACCAGCGCUGCUUCGGCUUCCACCGCUUCCUGCUGAACCCACAGGAGAGGCCAGCUGAGGGGUACGUGCUCAGUGGGCAUGGGGUGGGCAUGCUGCUCCUCGCACUGCAGAGUGCCCAGGGUGCCCCAGCACACAGCUGCAAGCUUGUUCUUGCUGAGUCCCGCUCAGAAGUCAGCACCAACCAAGUCGACACCUUCCUGAAGCAGCACGGCGGGGCCGGGAUCCAGCACGUUGGCCUCCACACCACCGAUAUCGUCGCCACGACCAGGGCUUUGCAGCAGGGGGGUGCACGGUUCUUCACACCCCCUGCCACCUAUUACAGCCAGAGGGGCAAAGCAGAGGAGAUCCAGGGUGCUGGGCAGGACCCUCACACGCUGGCAGAGCUGGGCAUCCUGCUGGACACCAGGGUGCCCGGGGACAGGGGCCAGCUAGGUGCUGAUGCCACAGAGAGCCCUUCCCAGGAAUAUUUGAUGCAGAUCUUCACUCAUCCCAUCUUCUCCGAGGAGACCUUCUUCCUGGAGCUCAUUGACCGACGGGGAGCACCUGGCUUUGGGGAAGGCAAUAUACGGGCACUGUGGAAAGCUGUGCAGGUCUAUAUGGACCAGCAGCAGUAGUGGCAAUGGUGCAGUGCUCCUCCCUCAGCUUCCUGUCCUCUCCAGCCCAACCCUCUGCAGAGAUAUCAGCAGAGGCCUGUGGCAUGGCCCAGGUUGGCAGGGACCAAGGGAAGUCUCCAGGUCAACCCAGAGCCAAGUUCAGUGUGCCAGCAGGUUGCUUAGAGCCAGGCCCAGUGUGGCUCUGAGCAUCCCCCGGGAUGGAGGGCAAUUUUUCCCCUUCCCUGCGUUCCCAUUGAGUUAUUGGCCUCAUGUGAAGAACUUUCUGCCUUAAUUUCAUCUUGAUCUAAUCAGACAUGUGCCUGCAGCAUGGCCAAGGACACUGCUGUCAGAACACCCCUAGAUGUAAAGGGAUGAGAGGCUGCCAGAGGGGAGUGGAUAAUCUGGGGGCCAUGGAUACUGCAGCUUGUCAACAGUUACCACCCAGAGCAUGGCCAGCCCAUGUGCAGAUCAAGUGGUGGCCUCUUGCUGCUCCCAAUUAAAGAAUUAACCUAGA